GCGAUUUGACAACUUAAAAAAAGUAAUUCAAUUUUACAUCAAUUUUGAAUUUAAUCAGUAAACAUGGGUAAAUUUUUAUAUUUUGCCUACGGCAGUAAUCUAUUAAGUAAACGUAUACAUUUAAAAAAUCCAUCAGCUGUGCGUAAAUGUGUUGGAAAACUAAAAGAUUAUCGUUUAGAUUUUAUGCAUUAUUCAAAUCGAUGGAAAGGUGCCGCCGCAACAAUUGUUCCAACACCGGGCCAUACAGUUUGGGGUGCAAUUUGGGAACUUGACGAUAGUCAUUUAGCAUCUUUAGAUCAUCAAGAAGGUGUCCAUCAGAAUAUGUAUUUCCGAUUUGAUGCGAAUAUUGAAACGACUGAAGGUAAUUUAAUUACAUGUAAAACUUAUCAACAAACAGAAAGUCCAGAAUUGUUAAACGAAGGGGAAUCAUUACCAUUGGACAGAAGACCAUCAGAAUUGUAUAAAAGUGUUAUUCUAGAAGGUGCUGUUGAGUCUGGAUUACCAAAUGAUUAUAUUGAACAAUUGAGAAAAAUACCAAGUGUUCCUGUUAAAGGUGAAUUAAAUCUAAUCGAAGCUUUAGAAAAGAGUAAUUAAUUUAAAAUAUUUUGUGAUGAGUUUGAUUUUAAUUAUUGAUUU